GGAUAUCAGCCUUACGUCACGCUUCCGAAGCUGUGAUACUAAAAGGUUAUGCUGUUACGCAUUUAACAUUGAUGCGGCAGAUGCGCUAUCAUUUUACAAGCAAGAGACUGAGAGGCAGUGUGUGAUUGCUCUUCCCAUCAAUGGCCCUGUCAGAGAUAUUAUCUACACAGACAGCCACUCAAGCCACCAAACCCGAGAUUCGACACGACACGGCACCCCAGGAUUUGGAUGAGUCCUACCUAAAGAGCUUUGAUGGCGCUGUUCAGGCGGGCCACGUGGAACUGCUGGCUGAGGGGCGCUACAUGUGCAAUGUGUGCGAAAAGGAGUACGCCAACAAGAGCAGCAUCAAGAGUCACCUUACCACCAAUAAACAUUCCACCAAGCUGUCAGAGAUAUUAUCUACACAGACAGCCACUCAAGCCACCAAACCCGAGAUUCGACACGACACGGCACCCCAGGAUUUGGAUGAGUCCUACCUAAAGAGCUUUGAUGGCGCUGUUCAGGCGGGCCACGUGGAACUGCUGGCUGAGGGGCGCUACAUGUGCAAUGUGUGCGAAAAGGAGUACGCCAACAAGAGCAGCAUCAAGAGUCACCUUACCACCAAUAAACAUUCCACCAAGCUGUCAGAGAUAUUAUCUACACAGACAGCCACUCAAGCCACCAAACCCGAGAUUCGACACGACACGGCACCCCAGGAUUUGGAUGAGUCCUACCUAAAGAGCUUUGAUGGCGCUGUUCAGGCGGGCCACGUGGAACUGCUGGCUGAGGGGCGCUACAUGUGCAAUGUGUGCGAAAAGGAGUACGCCAACAAGAGCAGCAUCAAGAGUCACCUUACCACCAAUAAACAUUCCACCAAGCUGUCAGAGAUAUUAUCUACACAGACAGCCACUCAAGCCACCAAACCCGAGAUUCGACACGACACGGCACCCCAGGAUUUGGAUGAGUCCUACCUAAAGAGCUUUGAUGGCGCUGUUCAGGCGGGCCACGUGGAACUGCUGGCUGAGGGGCGCUACAUGCGCAAUGUGUGCGAAAAGGAGUACGCCAACAAGAGCAGCAUCAAGAGGCACCUUACCACCAAUAAACAUUCCACCAAGUUGCCAGAGGUGUUAUCUACACAGACAGCCACUCAAGCCACCAAACCCGAGACUCGUCACGACUCGGCACCCCAGGAUUUGGAUGAGUCCUACCAUAAGAUCUUUGAUGGCGCUGUUCAGGCGGGCCACGUGGAACUGCUGGCUGAGGGGCGCUACAUGUGCAAUGUGUGCGAAAAGGAGUAUGCCAACAAGAGCAGCAUCAAGAGUCACCUUACCACCAAUAAACAUUCCACCAAGCUGUCAGAGAUAUUAUCUACACAGACAGCCACUCAAGCCACCAAACCCGAGAUUCGACACGACUCGGCACCCCAGGAUUUGGAUGAGUCCUACCUAAAGAGCUUUGAUGGCGCUGUUCAGGCAGGCCACGUGGAACUGCUGGCUGAGGGGCGCUACAUGUGCAAUCUGUCAGAGAUAUUGUCUACACAGACAGCCACUCAAGCCACCAAACCCGAGAUUCGACACGACUCGGCACCCCAGGAUUUGGAUGAGUCCUACCUAAAGAGCUUUGAUGGCGCUGUUCAGGCGGGCCACGUGGAACUGCUGGCUGAGGGGCGUUACAUGUGCAAUGUGUGCGAAAAGGAGUAUGCCAACAAGAGCAGCAUCAAGAGGCACCUUACCACCAAUAAACAUUCCACCAAGCUGUCAGAGAUAUCAUCUACACAGACAGCCACUCAAGCCACCAAACCCGAGAUUCGACACAACUCGGCACCCCAGGUGACUGAUGCUGAGGUCAUGGCCAGAUUGCGCAUUAAAAGACAAGAAAAAAAAAAUGAACUUGAAUAUCACACCAAUACACAACUUCCGCCCGGGCGAGUUGAAAUAUUCAACUAUAUAUUCUUUCACUACAACACUCGACAGAGGCUGGAAGACAGGAAAGGAGCAAAGAUGGACUCUACCAACUUAAAAAUUACCUUCAAUAGAUUGGGCUACCAAGUGUUCGUUCAUGAAAAUCUCACUGCGAAUGACACCUUUAUGGAACUGGAAAAUAUUAGAAAAAGCUGCAAGCAAAAACCUCCUCAAGCUAUAUUUUUUUUCUUCUUGAGUCAUGGGAAUCAGGGCAAUGAGUUUAUGUCCGCUGAUGGUGUCCCUUUAAACAUUGAUAAAAUCAAGGACGAGUUUACCAACGAUCUAUGUCCAGAGCUAGCUAAGAAACCAAAGAUCUUCAUGACAAACUAUUGCCGGGGAGACAAUGAGGAAUGUCUGGAGACCGACGGACAUGUGAGAAUUCCUCAAGACCUCGUGACGAUCUAUGCCAGCAGAGAUGGCAUUGCAGCUUACCGACUGCCUAAUGAGGGAACGUCGUUUGUACUGAGCUUGUGCAAGGUACUGGAGAAGCUGAGGGAGCGCACCGAACUGCACGAUUUGUACCUCUUGCUAAUGGACGAGAUGAAGAGGAACAAAGCCACAACACCUAUCUGGGAAGAAAUUGGCUUUAAGAAAUUCUAUCUUGAGAUACCAGAAAGAAAGUAACUGUUUGUUUAUAUACACAAAGUG